UAUAAAUUUUUUAGAAAAAAAAAAUAAAAUUAAAUUCCAAAUUGAAAAUUAUUUUAUAAAUUUAAAAAAGUGUUUUAUUUUUUUUUUAAACAUUUCGAAAUAAAAUUUUUGUGUUAAAUAAAACAAAAAUAUUUUUUAAAAAUAAUAAGAAAAAAGUUACUUAUUAAAAAUAAAAAUGCUUCCAACUGCUGUUUCAACAACUACAACAACCACAACAACUGGUGGUAUUGGUGGUCCAAUAACUGGUAUAGAUUUAACAACAGUUGCAACUUCACCAACAGUUCAACAACCUCCUAUGGACUGGUUAUUUAAAAAAGAACGUAUUUAUUGGUUAGCACAAUUUUGGCAGCAGAAAGCAAUCCUAGCUGAAAAAGAAAUUUCAACAUUAAAAGAACAAUUAACAACAACACCAAAUACAGAAUCUUCAACAAUAUCAGAUGAUACAAAUGAAUUAAAUAAAACAUCAUUAUUAUCAUCGGAUUUAAAUAAUACGCUUAAAUCAUUAUCAUCAUUGACAUCAACAUCACCACCAAAUUCAUUACAAAUUAAUAAUUCUCAUACAAAUCAAACAAUGUUAACAUUACCACCAAAUUCAGCAUCAAUUUUAAGUACAUUACCAUUAUUAAAUGGUUGUACAACAAAUCCAUUAAAUGGUGCAAUAAAUUCAACAACAACAACAACAAUACCAACAUUAUUAAAUUAUAAUUUAAAUGGAAAUUAUAUUGCAACAGCACCAUCACCAUCACCACCAUUAUCAGAAAAUGAGAGCAUUACAAGUAUUAAUAAUAAUCAUAAUAAUGAUAAGAAUAAUAGUGAUAAUAUUUCAAUUGAUAAAACAAUUGAAAAUGAUAAUAAAAUAAUAGAAAAUAAAUUAAAUAAUCAUAAUGGAAUAGAAAUAAUUAAAGAAAAAGGACAACAAUAUCAAUUAGAAUUGGAUAAAAAAAUUAAUGAAAAAGAGGCGGUGAAAAAAAUUUCAACACCUUCUUCAUCACCGUCUCAAAUUCCACCUCUUUUUUCUUCAGAAACUCCUAUUUCUUCAAAAAUAUUAAAUAAAAAUGAUAAUGAUAAUAAUGAUAAUGAUGAUGAUGAUGAUCUUAUUAUGAUAAAAGAUGAUGAAAUAGAAAAAGAUAGUAAUCAUAUUUCAAAGAUAUGCAAUAAUAGACUUAUUAGUGAUAAUCAAAUAGAAAAUAAAAAUUGUAAAAAUUUAAAUUUAGAUGAAAAUUUAAAUAAUACUAAAAAAUCUGUUAAUGUUGAAAUAGUUGAAAUGAAUGAUAUUAAACAGAAACCUAAUGAUGAUCAUAAUAUUAAAGAGAUUAUAAAUGAAGAAUCACUUAAUAAUUCAUUAACACCAUUACAAAAUGAUAAAAUAUGUAAUGAAAAAAAUAAUAAUUGCGAAAAAAAAUUAAGUGCAACUAAGGCAAUUGAAGAGGAAGAACAUAAUAACAAUAAGAAGAAGAAAGAUGAAGAUGAAAUAUGUAAAAAAUCUAUAGAAAAUAAAAAUGAAGAAAAUAUCAUUUGUGAUCUUAGAAAUAAUAAACUAAAAGAAGAAUUAGCUUUUAAAGACAAAGAGAUAAAAAUAUUAUCAGAUGAAAUUCUACGUUUAAAAAUUCUUUAUGAACAACAAAUUUUACAUAAUCAACGUCUUCAAGAUGAAUUAGAAGAAAAAUUAAAUGUUAUUUUAAGAUUAGAAUUACGAUUAAAAGAUAAUACAUUAGAAAUUAAUAAAAAUAAUAAUAGUAAUGAGAAAAAUCAAUCAAUACAACAAAUAUCGUUACCAGAAGAUGAUGAUGAUGAUGAUGAUGAUGAAAUCAUUAUUAAAGAAGAAAAAUUAAAUAGAACUUCUACAACAGAAAAUGAUGAUAAUUUGAAAACAUCUAAUUCAAAAUUAGAUAAUAAUUUGAUAGAAAGACAACAACCUUAUGAUACUGAAUUUAAUAAUAGCUCCGUCCGGAAUCAACGUGAAAAAUAUGAUACUACAUAUAAUUCAGAAGCAUCACAUUAUGAUUCACAAUCAAAUCCUAGUACACCAAAUCAUUUCUAUUAUAAUGAUGGAAGACGUUCAACUGAUCCAAUCAUUUUAUCGCCAUUUUCAGGUAAAAUGGAUAUAACUGAAAAUGCAGCAAAUAGUUUGCAACAAAUGGCUGCUGCCGGUUCAUUUAGUGGAGGACAUAUUUCAAAUCCAUUUCAAGCUAGUUUACAAUUUGCAUUUUCAACACAAAGUCAAGAUCGUCCCUCAUUUUCAAGAUUUUCUGAUGAUUUACCAUCAUCUAAUAAUAAUAUAAAUUCAUCAUCUGGUCGAUAUAAUACUGAUUUAUUAAUACCAAAAAGUGAUCCAAUGGAAGCAAAAUUACAAGAAAUGCUUCGUUAUGGUUUAGAUAAAUUUGCUAAUCAUAAUUUGGAUACACUGUAUAUUUCAAGAAGAGUAAGAGAAUUACUUUCUGUCCAUAAUAUUGGUCAGAGAAUAUUUGCAAAAUAUAUUCUUGGUUUAUCACAAGGCACAGUAUCAGAAUUAUUAUCGAAACCAAAACCGUGGGAUAAAUUAACAGAAAAAGGUCGAGAUAGCUAUCGAAAAAUGCAUGCAUGGGCAUGUGAUGAUGCCGCAAUUUUACUCUUAAAAUCAUUGAUUCCAAAAAAAGAUUCAAAUAUGUCUCAGUUCGGUUAUUCAGAUGAACGUUCGUCCGAUGAUCGGAUUCCAACGCAAGUUUUGACAGAUUCUUUGUCUCCAUUGUUAUCAAAAUCAAAUAUACAUGUUUCAACUUCCUUGGGCGGUCAAUCAUUUUCUAGUAAUCAAAAAUUAAAUACAGCCAAAGAUGAAGAUUCUCGCUCUAAUGAUGAUUUAAGAUCACCAAGUAAUACAAAAAGAUGUACUACUCCUUCAUCAAUCAAGGAAUCAAAAACUUCAAGCAAUCCUGCUAUUCAAGAACAAUCUUCUAGAGUAGAUUAUCAAGAAGAUCUUGCCAAAAUUAUGUCUAGAAACCAAAGAGAAAUGGCUCCGGCAUUUCCAAGCUUUCUGUUUCCUCAAUUAUAUGCUGGUACUCCAAAUGGAAGCCUUCCGCCUGAUAUGGCUAAUUUUGAAAUAGCUUUAGAAACAUAUCAUCGAGAAUUAGCAAAAUUACAAAGUAGAAAUGGAACAAGCUUUCCAAAUUUUACAGAAUUACUUGCACUUCAACAACAUCAAGCUGCUCUAGCUCUAAGCAGUUCAGUUCAAGAUUUGUCGAUUAAUAAAGAACAAGCAGAGAUUCCGAAUGCAGAUGAUGAAACAAACCCUAGAAAAGAUUUUGAUGAAUCCAAGGAAUAUGAUAAAAAAACAGAUUUAAAUAGUUCAGAUAACACUACAAAAAUUAAAGAAGAAGAUAUGGUUAAUACUCUCUCUUCCGGAAAUGUACUGGCUUCCAGGGAUUCAAGUCCAAUAACGAAUAACAUAUUAACACCAUCUUCUGAAGAGUUUACAACAUCCGUUAAUCCUUUACAAAAAAUGGCUUCUAUUACUAACUCACUCAUAACACAACCUCCUCUGCCGCCACUUCAUACACAACCACCAAGACCUUUGAAAGCUGUACUUCCACCAAUAACGCAGCAACAAUUUGAUCUCUACAAUAAUUUAAAUACGGAAGAUAUUGUCCGCAAUGUCAAAGAAGCUCUGUCACAGUAUUCUAUUAGUCAAAGAUUGUUUGGAGAAAACGUUCUUGGUUUAUCUCAAGGUUCAGUAUCAGAUUUAUUAGCUCGACCAAAACCAUGGCAUAUGCUCACACAGAAAGGCCGAGAACCUUUUAUUCGCAUGAAAAUGUUUUUAGAAGACGACAGUGCCGUUCAUAAAUUAGUUGCUAGUCAGUAUAAAAUAGCACCGGAAAAAUUGAUGCGCACUGGAAAUUAUACAGGAACACCACAGAUACCUACAAGUCUUGCUAGCAAAAUAGAAGAUAUUCAAAAUACUUCCAUGCAAAAAAUUAUCAGUGAUUUAAAAUUUAAACAAGAAUCUCAACAACAACAUUUAAUGCAACAAAUGCGAGCAGUGAACGCGUUAGCAAAUUUACCUCAACAUCAAGCAGUGACUGCAGCUGGGAUGUUAUUAAAUCAACCCAAUUUAAUGCCACAUUAUGCUACAUCCCCAAUAAUACCACCAGUUGCUCCGAAUUCAAAUAACAAUGCGGAUGUUAAUUCUGCACCUAAUAAAUCUCCGUUGCCAAUUGUUCCAAUCCCUUCUCCGCAGCCUGCAAAUGUAAUGAGGAGUGGUCAAAAUCAGCAUAUGUCUCCUACCGUUUAUGAGAUGGCUGCAUUAACACAGGAUUUAGAUACCCAAAUAAUCACAACAAAGGUUAAAGAAGUUUUGUUAGCGAAUAAUAUUGGACAAAAAAUAUUUGGAGAAGCUGUUCUUGGAUUAUCACAAGGUUCUGUUUCUGAGUUGUUAUCGAAACCAAAGCCUUGGCAUAUGCUUAGUAUUAAAGGUCGUGAACCGUUUAUUAGAAUGCAAUUAUGGUUAUCAGAUAUGAAUAAUAUAGAAAGAUUACAAACAUUAAAAAAUGAGCAAAGAGAGGCAAGUAAAAGACGAAGAUCGAUAGGACCCGCUGGUAGUCAUGAUAAUUCUGAUACAAGCAGUAAUGAUACUAAUGAUUUUUAUACAACAAGCCCUGGCCCUGGAUCUGUGGGGUCCAAUGGCGUUCCGCCAAAUAAAAAGCAACGUGUAUUGUUUUCGGAGGAGCAAAAAGAAGCUUUGCGGCUGGCUUUCACUCUAGAUCCCUAUCCUAAUGUAACUACAAUAGAAUUUUUAGCAAGUGAAUUGGGCUUAGCAACUAGAACAAUCACAAACUGGUUUCAUAAUCAUAGAAUGCGUUUGAAACAACAAAUGCCACAUGGUCAACCUGCGGAACCAAUUCCUACUCGUGAAAAUCAAACAGGUCCACCUUUAGAUCCAGUACAAUUUAAAAUACUAUUAAAUCAACGACUUAUGGAAAUGCAAAAAGAUAGAAUGGGUUUAGCUGGAGUUCCUUUAAUGUACCCACCAUAUUUUGGUGGUAAUUCUAAUUUAGCUGCUUUGAUUGCCGGCCGUAGUCUAUUUCCAACCAAUGGAGCUAAUUUACAAGUUUUAAAUUCAGCUUUAAAAGGUCAAUUUAAUGGUAUCGAUUUAUCUUUAAAUAACAGUAACGAGAAUAAUAGCAUACAACAAGAAAGUGAUCAAGAUUUUAAAGAUGAAGAUCAUAGAAAAAAUGAUGAAAUUGAUAUAGAAGAUUCCACAUCAUUAAGCAAAUUAGAAAAUAAUGAAAAUGAUUUAGUGAAUAAAAAUGAUGAAGAACAUUCUUUAAGCGGAUUAAUUAAUUCAAAUAUAAGACCAUCACGUAGAAAAGCUGCAGCACCACAAUGGGUUAAUCCAGAUUGGCAACCGAAAUCUCUAUUUAAGUCAACUAAUAUUUCAGAAUUGAGUGAUCGUAUACAAAAUGAGGCAACAGAUUUUAGUAAAAGAUCUGAAAAUAAUGAUUUUGAUAAACAUUUAUCAAAUAUUAAUGAUGAAUUAAAUCCAAAUAACUCAACAAUACCAAUAGUACCCGAUAUAAAUAUUAAAACAGAAAAAUUAGAUCCAAAAGAAAAUGAUUUCGAUGAUGAUGAAGAUAAUAAUAAUAAUGAAAGAAUUGGAUCUAUUUCAAAUGUUCCAACAGAAAAUUUAUUAAAGAAUUAAAAUAUUUUCAAAAAUAUUAGAAAAAAAAAUUAACUUAAAAACACAAUAUUAUGGUGUGCAAUCAUUUUUAUUUUAAACUUUAUAUAUGUAAGCAUUAAUUAUACUAUAAAAAUGAAUAAUAAUGAAAAUACA